AAGUGGCUUGACUGGCAUUAUUGUUCAACCCUCCCCGAAGCUUCUUGCUGUCCGUCAAAAGUAUUUCAAUCAAAACACUCAAUUACAGUUGGUUUACUAUAGCGUGUGUACUACUCGUAGUUUUAUGGAUGGUCGUGCGCGUGUGCUGUGGUGAGGCGUUAAGGCUUGAGAGACAGUGUGGCCUUUGCUAGACGGACAGCCACACCGUUGUGUAUAUUUGGCGAGGGUGGUGUUGAAGCAUGGGCGAUCAACAAAGAAUGAUGCAUCCAGUUUCUCAGCAUCCUUCGGUCAGCAUGGCGGGUCAUGUAGUUUCUCAGCACGGUUAUGGCAUGCCACAACAACCACAUGGCGUGGAUCCUACAAAUCAACAACAUGCCCCAGACCAAGAAGGAAUAAAAAAUGACAUUUCCGAAAUCCUUCAGCAGAUAAUGAACAUAACAGAUCAAAGUCUUGACGAAGCCCAAGCCAGAAAACAUACACUAAACUGCCAUCGAAUGAAACCUUCCCUCUUCAGUGUUCUCUGCGAGAUCAAGGAAAAAACAG